AGAAUCCAUUACUUUAGAGUUUAUAUUUAUUAUUAAGGAUUCCUUAAAAAUUAAUGGCGUAUUUUUUAUUAAAGUUGUCUUCUGUGUAUUAUAUCUGUAGACCGUUUUUGAGAAAUGUUUAUUGAGUCUCAUAUUCAUAACACAAAGUUGCAAUUAAGUUUGAAUUCAACAUUAUUAUUUAAGAUUUAUGCACAUAAAAUAUUUCUAUCUCAUCAUAUGUAUCAAUUUUCCGUCGCUUCUUUGUUUCAAUAUAUUUCCAGGGCGCAAAAAUGUGUAUCUGGUGCCUAGAAACGCUAAAGAAAAUGAAAUUAAAAAUAGGAAGUUGAAGUCUAGUUUUGUUGACGCAGAAUAUGCCAGUAAAAAUACAAAUGGAUCGUUUAUAAUAACAACCCCUCUUUUUUAUAUAAACGGCGAUCCGCAUUUGGGUCACUCAUACACCGUAGUUUUUGCUGAUGUCAUCAAGAGAUUCUUGGAACUUAAAGGGAACGAUGUAAAGCUACUGGUAGGAACGGAUGAGCAUGGCUCAAAAAUAGAAAGAAGGUCCAAACUAUUUAAUCAGGAUCCUGCAGAUUAUGUUUCGGAAUAUAGGAGUAAAUUCCUGAAUAUGUUCAACGCCUAUGACAUUUCUUCUGAUAUUUCAAUACACACUGAUGAAGAAAAAAACAAACUCUUUGUCAGACAGAUAUUCAAGAUAUUGCUAAAAAGAGGAUUCAUAUAUCGAGGGAUUCACAAAGGUUAUUUUUCGCCUAAAGAGGACUUAUACUUUCCACAAUCACAAGUUUCCGAUGGAAAAUCACCUCAAGGAUUUGAUGUAAUCCCAGUGAACGAACCAGCAUAUUUUUUUAAGUUGAGUUCUUGGAGAAAGAAACUUACCGAAUUUUUCAUUGAACAUAAAACGUCGGUUGUUCCAGAAACGCGAUAUAGUGAAAUUAUGAAAAUUCUGGAAUCAGAACUUCCAGAUGUUGCAAUCACCCGAAGAAAUUAUACUUGGGGUGUAAAAAUACCUUGCGUAUGCGAUAUUACCCCUCCUGUUGAUUGUGCUAUUCAUGGUUCAUCGAAUUAUGGUAUAACUGAGACUUUCUAUGUAUGGUUUGAUGCAUUUUUAGGUUAUUUAUCAGGUAUUUUGUCACUUUCAGAUGAAAAUAUUGAUCAAAUUUUAAAUGACAUGACAAACAAAAUCACUAACGAAAUACACAGAAAGAGCGUCUUAAUUCAAGUAAUCGGAAAGGAUAUCCUUACUUUUCAUUCGUUUUUAUGGCCAGCUAUACUGUUUUCAUUGGGAAUCCAGCCGUUUGAUAAGUUUUAUAUCCACGGAUGGAUUUUAUGUAAAGGUGAAAAAAUGUCAAAAUCAUAUGGAUCCGUGACUCCGGCGAUGCCAUUGCAUUCUUCUGACAUUUCUAGAUUUAUGUUGAUGACUUUGGGUCAAUUUGGAAAUGACUUCGAGUUUCAUUCCUCUAAUUUUAGACAGUCUGAAAAUACCGUAAGAAAUACAUUCGCAGCGGCAUGUUAUAGAGUAACUGGUCUCUUGAACAUUAGGUGGAACGGAAAAAUAGAGUUUCCUGGUAAGUAUUAUGGUAAUAUACUAGACACUCUUGGCUCUGAUCAAGAUAUCCUUGAGGGCUAUAUCACCACUGGAAGAGUAGAUAGAUACAUGGAACACCUAGAAACUAUGGCCAUCAAGAUCAAUAAAUUCCUGACACUAAAUAAAGUAUGGAAACUACGACCUGAAGAGCAAAAUUUUAAAGAUAUAAUAUGGACUGCAUGUAGCUCACUAUUAUGUCUAGCUGUGCAUACACUACCGAUAAUGCCAAAACUAGCAAGAACGAUCAUAUCCAGAUUAAAUCCUGAGUUGAACGAUACUCCCAUAGACCAAAAUAAAUUAAGAUUUGCUGUCUUAGAUUCACUAGAAAGGAUUAACUAUUCCCCUGUACAUGGGGAACCGCUAAUUUGA